AUGUCCAAUUUUGAAUUUAGGCAUCAUACAAGAAGUCAAUUACGAAAAAAAAUCUUGAUUGGUAAAGAAGUUUCUCAAUUAUCAUUUGGCAAAUUGAAAAAUAUGGAAAGAGAACGUGGCUUGUGGAAAUGUUUACUGGUUGAAAGAACUUGUUCAUUGGCCGAUACCUUGCUUGAAAGUCUUGAGGAAGAAGAGUUAUUCGGUGUUUUUACUACUUCUUCUGAAGAAGACACGGAUGAUAAUGAUGACUACGAUGACGAUGGUUGCACUGAUUCAGAAAAUGAAAAAGUUGAGAUCAUUUUUGGAGAUUCUUCUGAUAGUAUUUCAAGUAAACAUGGACGUGAGGAUGAUGAUCUGACUAUGCUGCCGUCAAAUGUGGAUUCUGUAGUUUUGAGUAACGAUUCUUUGGGAUCGUCCAAUGAUUUUUUGAGAAAGCGUGGACACGGUGAGACCAUGUUGUUGAGUGAGGUAGACUCUGUUUCGUCUCUAUUCAAGAAUUGCAAACGACAAAGAUGCUAUUAG